AUGUUUUUAAGGAAACUGUGCAUAUUUUCUUUGUUUUCACCACUGGAAGUUAAAACCAAGUUUCAUAAUUCAGAGAUGAAUGAUUUAUUUCUUGAAGUCCAAAUUAAGAAUACUUCAUCUUCAGAUGUUUUUAUACAAAAGGUUUCCUUAGAGCCACCUGAAAUGUACAUUACAGCAGAAUUAAAUAAUGUAAAUUGGGCUGGAGAAGAUGAGUGUACUUUUGGGACAAGAACAUUUUUGAAGUCAAUGGAACAACGUCAAUAUUUGUACCACUUUCAGAUCAAGCAAGAAUUUUCAGAGAAAUCUGGUGCCAUAAAAGGACUAACAGAAAUGGGAAAAUUGGAUAUAACUUGGAAAAGAAAUCUUGGUGAAAUGGCAAUGCUACAUACAAUCCAACUUGAAAAAGAGUUUCCACAUUAUGGAAACAUGAACAUCUCUUUGGAGACAAUUCCAGAUACUGUAAUUCUAGAAGAGCCUUUUCAUAUUACCUGCAAGAUAACAAACCAGAGUGAUAGGAAAAUGAUAUUGGAUUUGAAGAUGUGUGAUACAGAUUCUAUUCGUUGGUGUGGAAGCUCAAGAAGGUAUCUUGGAGAGCUGCCUCCAAGUUCAUCACUCUGCUUUACCUUGACAUUAAUGACCUUAAAAAUGGGCUUACAAAGUAUCUCUAGAUUUAAGAUAACAGACAAAUUAUUAAAGAAAACAUAUGUCUGUGAUGAUGUUGCAAAAGUCUAUGUAAUGCCUUCCAUUGUUAAAAUGAAAAAAUAA